CAUGCGCACUCUCUCUCGUCUUUGGAAACGAGAGCGACCCGGAAGCCGCUUCCUUUGCAAAGCAGGCCCGGCCUCUAGGAGCCAUGCCUCUGCUCCGAUUCUCCCGGGUGAAGCCUUGGGGGACUCUUCGGCUGAGAGAGAUCCACUCUGAGGUCAAGAAAAAGUUGGAAAGUAAACCAGAAACAAAGCUUCGAAAACAAAUAUGUCAAGUUGUUCUUGAUCAUUUUGAGAAGCAGUACUCCAAGGAGCUGGGAGAAACAUGGAACUCAGUCAGGGAAGUGCUUACAUCACCCCAGUACUGGCAGUAUGCAGCUCUCCUCAAUAAAUUCAGCCUUUCCUCUGAAGUGGAGGAUAAUUUGUGUUCGAAAGGUUAUCGCCUCCUUUUUCCAGAAACCUCAUCUUUCAAAUGUUACAUCUGUAGUACUCCUGGUAGAUUCCCUGCUCAGAGACACAGAGCCGGAAAACUGAAGGAAUACUACCUGCUGAAUGCAGCAUCAUUACUGGCAGUGCUGGCCCUGGAAGUGAAAAACGGAGAAAAGGUUUUAGAUAUGUGUGCUGCUCCAGGGGGUAAAUCAAUAGCAACACUUCAGUCUGCUUGGCCAGGUCUUCUACACUGCAAUGAAUACGAUCAUUUGCGAUCACUUUGGCUGAAGCAGACCCUAGAAUCAUUCAUUCCAGAAUCUGUGAUGAACACAGUUGCCCUUUCUCAGCUGGAUGGACAACAGAUUGGAAAUCUCCAGCCUGAACAUUUUGACAAGGUACUUGUGGACGCUCCUUGCUCAAAUGAUAGAAGUUGGUUAUUCUCUUCUGAUAUCCAGCAAGCUGCCUUGCGAUUAGCACAAAGAAAGCUAUUGUCUGCUAUACAGAUACAGCUGCUGAGGUCAGCAGUGAAAGCCUUGCGUCCUGGGGGGUAUCUGGUUUAUUCCACAUGCACUUUGUCGAAAGCAGAAAACAGUGAUGUCAUCACUCACAUCCUUAACUCUUGCAGCAAUGUUCUCCCGGUGGAUAUGGGCCCCUUGGCCAGUUCAGUAUCCCAGGAAUUCACAUUUGCUCCAUGUGUCCAGCCUCAUGAACUUAUAGUACUACCACAAAGGGGAAAAGCAUGGGGGCCAAUGUAUAUAUCUAAAUUAAAGAAAAUAUGAUUCAUAUGA